AUGGGACUCCAAACGUUGAUCCUACUCCCGGCUGCAUUAAUCUUCCUUGGUGACAUUUUCGGUAAGUCCGGUCACUUAAUCCUCUGCUUUGCAAUUCCCCUAUCUCACAUCUCCGUCCCAUAGUCCACAGUUUAAUGUAAUGCAUCCCGUUCCAUGUUUGGCAUUGCAAUAUCGCGCAUAAGGACGUGAUCCAUUUUUGCUGGAAUUUCGCUAACGAGAUUUGUGGACACAAUCUCCAAUCUCACCCCAGUUUCUAACUUGCAACUUCAUCUUUCCUGUUUUUAGCACGCGCCGAUGAACCAUCAGAUUAUAAAUUAUGCAAAGGUGAACAUACAGAGUGUACGACUAUAAACUUCAAGCCUGGAGAUCAGACCAAAGGCCAGCACUGUCGCACGGCCUGUUCACAGAAAAUAGGUCUGUAUUUUUACUCCAUGCAUGCCCCCUUCUGAAUGUCAAUGAUGACUGUGUUUACCGCACCUAUUUUCAGAUUUCUGAUCGACAUGAGCACGUAGCUCGGUAGUCCUUAACCUCUUUCUUGUCCUUUAGGUGGACUAAGUAAGAAAAUUACAGCCUACUACUGUGAAACUCCUGAAGAGCCCUGCACAUUGUACGACGUUUACGGACGACCAGGGUACGGCAGGAACUUUGAAAGGCAUGUGCUCUGUGUGCAGGCGUGCCAAUUUGUCGCGAAAGGUAAACCGCUGUAUUGUCCCCCUCCUCCCCCCGCUAGCACUUGCGAGCUCGUCUACUCAACAAGUCAAACAUUCGCAGCACUGACUUACACUCAUUUUACCAGCAUCCAGUUUUAUAUUAGAGGCGCAUUUGCAUGGCGGUUAAGCAUUUGCUUGUCACUUUUCAGUUGAACAGAGCACCGAGACGUCCUUUAAACUAUGCAGGGGUGUAGAGGAGAGAUGCAGUGCAAUUGAGAAGAAGGAUGGUACAUUCGAUGGCUUCAGAAAGUGCAUUUUCAAAUGUGAUGGUUGGGUAACUUGUAAGUUCUCAUCGGAUAUCUUGGGCAAUUGCAGCGCUUUGUGUCAUCUUCGUUCUUGUUCAUCUAGUAAGCUGCGUCUUUUGUCCUCUGAAGUGGAAAAUACCAAGGAGAACACAGCAUACCUCUGUCCCCUGAGCGGCGAUUGCCAGAAGGGCAAUUACUUCACGAAGAGGAAUAAAGCAGGCGCAUUUGCCAGCUUGAAGACCUGUUUCGAGAAUUGCAUGUCAGGUGAGGUUCCACAUGCAUUGCAUCUUGUCAUUGUAACCUAGUAGGUACUGGUUGGCGAACCCGAGCGCUUCCACUGUGGUAUAAGAUAGGGAAUUUGGACAGGCAUAUACGGUGUACUAGUCCAAAUCUAACCGAGCUAUAAUGCAGUAUCAACAUUCGUACCUUUCUUAGUUAUAAUUGCCUACAAGGUAGAAGUGUGACGUGAGUCUGCAUUAAGAGCAAAUGAAUACAUCGAGGCCCUGAUCCUCUUUUUGCUCUAACGCGUUUUAUGUAUGUCAGCAUUGAAGUCAUUAACUUGACAGACAGUUUAACCGACGUUUUCGACGAUGUCCAGGGUGUGCUGCACAGCACGUUGGUUCAGGGACGGAGAUUUGCUCGUUAUUUAGUUCGUAGUGAAUGUGGACUUGCGUAGCAUCUGUCGCACCCUCUCCUAUUCUUCCGCCUGCACCCGGUGUCAAGACAGAGCCAUCAACUUAAAAAUACAUUCAUAAGCCUGUAGUUCGCAAGUAGUUUCAAGGCCUCACAUGGCGUUUGCUGAAUUCUGUGAAACAAUGCGAGUACAUUCUAUAACGUCAUCCUUUAAUGAUAAAUUCAUAACCCGGCGUACGGUAGAUACUCACACUGUAUGAGAAUUGCGCACUGGUUAAUAUAAAACGCUGUCUGUGUUUUAGAGUAA